AUGGAUAUGAACGGCCAGAAUGGCAGACGCAGCCUCGAAAAUCACGGAUACCCAGGCAGUUAUGGGCCACCGCCUGAUAACCGGGCCAGACAGCCCCCUCCUCGAGGGCAGUCACGAGGCUACCAACCCCCCGGGCAGCAAGGCUACGGUACGCCGAUGAAUGCUAGACAACCCCCACCGAGAGAGCAAUUUCGACAAUAUCACGAUAACAGGCCGCAAGAUCCUGGCUACGGAGACCAUCGCGGUACGCCAAACCCUCCGGCGCCGGGUCGCGGCUACGGAAGCUUCAACGACGUGCCAAAUCCCCAACAGCGAGACCCUCGCUAUGGAGACUAUGACGAGGCUACCAAUCCUAGACAAGGCCCUCCAGCCGCCGGCUUUGGCCCGCCAGGGCGCAGCAUGACGCUUCCAUUCCGAGAUGCGAGCCGGCAAAAUCAGGCGCCACACCAGCGAGCCGAAACGAUGCCGUACAAUGGACCUGCAGGCCGGGUCGUACCGCAGCGACCGGCAACGACGACCGGAACCAGGCCACCGCCGCAGCGAAUCUAUCCACAACAGCAGAACCCAGCAUCCAACGCACCAUACGGGAUUGGCUAUGAGGCAGGCCCCUCUAAUAGCUCUGCCGUCUCUGUGACGGACGUGUAUGACGACUACUACGACCCGCAACAUGGUGAACAAGGUCAGGUCGCAGGCGAUGUGCAUAGGGCUGCGCCUAGCUAUCAACCUGCUAGGAGCUCAUACGAUCAGCCCAGGGCACCACAGCCGGAGCAGCCACAGCGAGGAGCGCAUCAUGUGCCGCAAUUGACCCAUGCCAAGUCCAUGGCCGAAAUGCGCGAGCCACAGUCGGCCGUUUUUGAAAUGGCCGGCGACAUCCCGUCCAUGCCCCCUAUGCCUACUCAUGGUGGCUUUGAGCAAGCGAGUAAGCAAAGCCACAGCGAGGGCAACAACCACGGUUAUGAGGAUAGGAACGACCAAGGCUACGACCAAAGAGACGACCAGAGCUAUCAACAGAGAAAUGGCCAGGGCUACGAAGAAAGAAACAGCCGGGGCUAUGAUCAAAAUGACCAGGCCUAUAACAGAAACAACAAGGGAUACGGUCAGGGAUAUGACCCAGGUUACGACCAGGGCUACGACCAGGGCCACAAUCAGAGUUAUGAUCAAGCCUACAAUCACGGCUAUGGUCAGGCGAUUCCCUACGAGAAUGGACCUCUGAGAGGUCCCAGUGCGCCACCAGCGUCAAACCGCGGCCCAUAUCCGCCAGAAUCGGGAUUCCAGGCUGGCGCACAAACCAUGUCCUCAAUGUCAUCCCACCCAACCCCUGUUCGGCCCGGCCAGAUGCCCAAUUCUAUUGUCAAUCGUAGCAUCAAGCCGCCGCCUGUGCGACACUAUGACGGAAUACCUCGGCAAACCCAGCAGCAGUUAAUGCAGCAGGAUAUGCGUCAACAAGACCGGCACCAUGGGCUGCCUAUCCCAAGCUCCGCAUCGUUAGACAUGGCACAGGGUGAGGGCUCCAAAGCGCCUGUUACGAUGCAGGAGCUAGAACAGCUCAGACUCAUCAUCAGAACGAACCCCGCAGAUCAAGAAUCGGCAUUGAGACUAGCAAGGAGACUAAUUGAAGCCUCUGACGCUCUUGUCCUGCACAUUCAAGAUCCUCGCGCGCGCGCCAAAGCCAAAGAUAGAUACUUAAUGGAUGCGCACAAAAUUCUGAAGAAGCUGGCCAGCCAUCAAAAUUCAGAGGCAAUGUUCACGCUGGCCGACGGCCUUGGCAAAGGCCUAAUUACUGGUGAACCAGACACAAAGGAAGCCUUCACAAUGUACCAGUCAGCAGCGAAGCUGGGACACGCUUCCGCAGCGUACCGUACGGCGGUUUGCUGUGAGAUUGGUCAUGAAGAGGGUGGUGGCACACGUCGGGAUCCGCUAAAGGCCAUGCAGUGGUACAAGCGGGCGGCAACGCUGGGCGAUCCGCCAGCCAUGUACAAGCUAGGCAUGGUGAUGCUAAAGGGGCUCCUCGGCCAAAGCAAGAACCCCCGAGAAGCUGUCGGGUGGCUGAAGCGAGCCGCCGAGAGGGCGGAUAAGGACAACCCGCAUGCGCUUCAUGAGCUCGGUCUGCUGUAUGAAUCAGCACAACCCAACGACCUGCUAAUUCGUGAUGAACGGUACGCAAUGACGCUAUUCCAGAAGGCCGCCGAGCUUGGAUACAAGUUUUCCCAGUUUCGUCUGGGAUGCACGUACGAAUACGGACUGCUGGGGUGCCCCGUUGACCCCCGGCAGUCGAUUGUGUGGUACUCGAAAGCUGCAAUGCAAGAAGAGCACCAGUCUGAGCUUGCGCUAAGCGGGUGGUAUCUGACAGGCAGUGAAGGGGUCAUAGUCCAGAGCGAUACGGAGGCCUAUCUGUGGGCGCGCAAGGCGGCCACGGCCGGCAUGGCCAAGGCGGAAUUCGCCAUGGGAUACUUUACGGAGGUAGGCAUUGGCAUCCCGCCAAACUUGGAGGAUGCCAAGAGAUGGUAUUGGCGAGCUGCGGCUCAGGACUUCCCCAAGGCACGAGAGAGACUCGAGGAAUUGAAGAGGGUUGGCAAAACAGGGGCCCCCCGGGCUAGAGAACGCAUUUCCCGAAGUCGCAUCGAGAAGCAGGAAGGGGAUUGCACGAUAAUGUAA